AGCGGCAGCAGGGGGACCGAGCAUCAUCUGAGUGGCCAGUCGCUGUGCCUCCCUGAUUACCCCACCACCUAUGAUCAUCAGCAGAGACUGCUUUUUAAUGCGAAUUUGGGGGGGAGCAAUGGGCUAUCUCCGGGUGGCGGGUGCCGACCAUGCCCAGGAAGCUGCUUCAUCUGUUGAAGAAUUCUUCUUCGUUUUGGCGGGAUUCUUGGGUUGUGGUCGGUGUUCGAGUUGGCGGGAGGUGCGGAGGGCGGGAAGUGCGGCGGUCGGCGCUCGCGGGAACUGCGGGGAUCGACUUCCAUAUCCGUUGACAAAGAGGAUUCGAGAUCGAAGGAAGUGCCACGUGGAAUUCGUAAGUGAAAGUGUCAUUUUCGGCGACAAAGAAGGCGAGAUGGCUCAGGAAAAGGCACGCGCUGGGUCGGAACUGCUGAAGGAGGCUGGACAGGACACGUACGAGGAGACAAAGCAGACCACUGGGCAGAAAGUGGAAGAAGCAAAGCAGGCGGCACGGGAAAAGUACGAGAGAGCGAAGGACGUUGCGUCUGCGAAGACGGAGGACACCAAGCAGGCAGCCCAGCACAAGUAUGAGGCGGCCAAGGAGGCGGCCGGUCAGAAGUUGCAGGAGGCUAAGGAGGCUAUGGAGGAACAGCGACAGCGAGCAGCCGAAUCCAUGGAAGAGUCGAAGCAAAAAGCCGCAGGGGCAAUGGAGGGUUUGAAAGAGAGAGCAGCUGCAGCUAUGGAGUCAGUGAAGGAGAAAGUCGGAAUGGGAGGAAGCGGUCCACAGACCGGCUCUCAAGGCUGAGCAAAGUCUGAACACCGGUUCAAUGAUGUCGAUGUUCUUCUCCCAAAUGCGCCUCUCUCUCUCUCUCUCUCUCUCUCUCUCUCUCUCUCUCUCUCUCUCUCUCUCUCUACGAGGGCAGAGAGCGCUCCAUAUUACGACAGACCCUUCUUGGUACUGUAGUGCGCUACAGAAUGCUGUGUGAAAAUGAUAUUAGUGGGCCGGCUUCGCCACUGGUGUCCAUCCUGUCGUAUAUAUGUUGACGAUAACAGAAUUGACUCUCGGGAAUGAUGAGGAAAUUGUAAGGUGAUGAUCAUUCAACUUGUUGGAAAGUGGGAAGUGUGGCGGCUUUCGGGAUGCAUCUCCUCUCGUACAGUGAUGAGCAGUCAACGCUGACUUGUGUAGGUGAGCGGUAAGCUGGUGGUAAGUCCACGGUCAGCAAUUAAGUGUAUGUUGAAACGCUCACCCAAGCGUAAAAUGAUGGUCAAUCAACGGCUAGUGAAAACGAUAAGGCGACACCUAUUCAACGGUUUACGGUUUAGGAUACAAUUGCUAAAGGGGUUAGGUGAUGAUUGCGCUCAAGAAAAAAGAAAAAAAAAUGCGGUAAAAAAAUAAAAUAGAAAAGAAAGUUGCGCUAGGUAAAGAUUGUAGAAUAUGUGUCCCGCCGUUAGGGGUUGGGUGAUAAUUGCAUUAGGUCAAGAGAAUAGACCGCCGUCGCCACGCUCUCCCGUCCAGUGGAGUGCAGCGAGUGGUUGACGAAGUCAGAAUUGGGUGGCGACUUCGUUGUGGGUUUGACUCGUUUGUACAUUAGGUUUUGUUGUACCUUCUAGUGUCUCUUGUUUGGACUUUUGGAAAUGGAGGAGGAGCCCGUCGUUGCGUUUUGUAUUGGAACGUAGCAGUGGAGCGUUGUCCUUGCAGGUACUUCACGGGGUUUUGAUCGAUUCUGAUGGGGGGUUGGUAUCGUUCCACCCUAGUUUCAAGAACUUUUGCCCUCCUGUUCGUUGUGGGCGGGCGCUGAAGAGCAAGGCAUUUCGAUGGGACUGGAACAUUCACGCUGGAGAUGUACUUUUGCUGUGAAGAAUUUUGACGCGCAAGGCCGUGAGCAAUUUUGUUGUGUGGUGUUCUUCGUAGGAGAACUUACACACUGACACACAGUAAGCUCGCGAGUUGAGGUGGACUAUGCCACUGGUUGACAGUCUUUUGGAGGGUCGUUUCUGUUGACUUGUCUUUAGAAGACAAAAACGAGAAGGUGGGUUGAAGGAAAGAGCGAGAAGGUCUGCAAUAUUUGUGGUUGGAAGGGGGUCGUAGGAAUUUGUGCAUUGUGCAGAAUUUUGUGAUCAUAUGAAGCCGUCUUCGUCACGCGUUUGCUAAUGAGAGUUGGGUUGGUUUUGAUGUUGACUUCAUCCGUGCUCGUGACGCGCGUUUGCUAAUGAGAGUUUGGUUGGUUUUGAUGUCGACUUCAUUAACGCGCAGCCGUUUUGGGAACUAUUGCGAGAUAACAUGUC